GAUGAGAUACAAGUGCUUUACACCAAGAAUCCCACCACUAAUGAGACGUAUCCCAUAUCACACGGUUAUGUCGGCUCCAGUCUCUGUGCGUUCAAUCAUCUGAAUCCCGGAUAUAAGAUAUUUACGUUGGAUAGCAAUGGAAAGGCAUUGGAUUUCGACAUACAUUACACUAAUAUGACGGCCGAUAACAUCGCCGGCAAAGAUGUGAUUCCCAAAUGGACUUCAGAAAAGGCACUGAAAAAGGUCUACGGCUUGGAUUCGUUGACAACCGACUCGUGGCACCAGUUCUUGACAAAAGCCCAAACAGAGGACAAACUCGUGAACUUAUAUUUCAAUUAUUUCCACAGAUAUAGUGAAACAUUU